CACCACACCGAAAAGCAAGCAAACAGCCUAAGCAAAGCAAAAGCCACGAGAAGAUCGAAUCACUUCAUUUCCACACAAACCCCAUUCAAUACUCUACUAUUUAUACCCCUUUUAAUUCUCAUACUAUUCAACAUCAAAUCAUUCAAUAUAAACAUUUGAUUGUUGGAGUGUUAUUAUUUGGGUUGAUUUGCAAGUAUCAUAAUUUGUUAAGUAUCAAGAAAUAUGGCUGAUGAAAGGAUUAACGAGACACCCGCUUCAGUAGAAGCUACUGAUCGUGGAUUGUUUGAUUUCAUGAAGAAAAAGGAGGAUACUGCUGAGGGCUGUAAGACAUCGGAGGCUGAAGUUAUCACCUCUGGUGUCGAGAAAAUUCACGUGUCUGAACCCGAGUGUAAGAAAGAGGAAAAGAAACAUGGUGGACUCCUUGAGAAACUCCAUCAUGAUAGUUCUAGCUCAAGCUCGUCUGAUGAGGAAGGAGACGAUGAAGAAAAAAAGAAAAGAAGAAAAGAAAGAAAAGAGAAGAAGAAAGCGGGCUUGAAGGAGAAGUUGGAAGAGAAAUUACAUCAUGAUCAUGACACUAAUGUACCCAUAGAAAAUGUCCACGUGGAAGAGAAUGUGUACUCUACUCCACCAUCGUACCCUGCACCUGAUCACCACCACCAAGAGACAGAAGAGAAGAAAGGUGGUUUACUUGACAAAAUCAAAGAGAAAAUGCCAGGUCAGCACAAGAAUCACAAGCCCGACGAACAUGACACGGCGGCUCCAGCUGCGCCGCCAACCGAGCCGUGCGCCGAAGGAGAUAAGGAGAAGAAAGGGUUCUUAGACAAGAUCAAAGAGAAGAUACCUGGAUUUCAUUCCAAGAGUGAGACUGAGGAAAAGAAGGAUCAUGAUUAAAGAUGUAUUAAUUAAUUAAGGAUUUACUUGAUUAAUUAUUAUAUCUUAUUAUAAUGCUUUUACUAAUAAAAAAUUAGGUGGGAAAUUUUUUUUAUGUUUUGUGUUUUGGAAAGAAAAAUGUCAAAUGUUGUUUUUAUUUGUCUUUUGUUAUUAGAUGAAUUAUGCUUUGUGAGUAAAGAAUAUUGUGAGAAAAGAAGAUGUAAUGUUGAUGGUAUAUAUAUAUGUAAGUACUAUUGUGUGCUUAUGUAUGUAUGUGUAUGGAUACGGAGUAUAAUGAAUAUUUUGGUGUUUAAAGUGUAAA